AUGAAAAGUGUGGCAAAGGAUGUGGUGUGUGAUUAUUUACCUGUGGAAUCGGUGGUGAUAGAAAUCGUUGAGUUUGUUUACGCAAUGAAGGAGGACGCAGAGAAAGAUAAAGAGAAAGACACGAAGAUUUGGGGAGCUCUACUAUUCGGCUUAAUUGGCGCCACCGUCACUACCUUUGCGGUCGGUCAGCUGCGGAGGAGUGUUGAUUGGUUCUAUGUUCAGCUAUCGAGGACACAGUCACGGAAAGGACAGAGAGGUGGUUCUUUCCGAACAUCUUUUCAGGAAGAGGCGUGGAGGAGGCACAAUAAGCGAAUGCAAGAGGAGUACGAGGAGGAGAUGGAAAGAGUGGAACGAAUAAGGCGUAUGCAAAGUGUGUUUAACAGAGAAAGGAAUAAGUAUAAAAGAAGCUACGAGAGCUGGAGGGAAAACGGUCAUGGUGCAUAUCAUCAGAAUUUCCAGAGAGAAGAUUGGUACUGGAAGACCGAUACAUCCUUUAGAGAACGGAGGAGUAAUUAUCGAGAAACUCCAAGAGAGACUGGAAACUAUGCAUUAUCACAUCACUACUCAAUUUUGGGUCUUGACAGGUUUAGAAAAACGCCAUAUUCAGAUGCUGAGAUUAAGACAGCAUUUAGGACCAAGGCAAAGGAGUAUCAUCCUGAUCAGAACCAGGAUAAUAUUGAGGCUGCUGAGGCAAAGUUCAAGGAAGUGUUGACUUCCUACGAGGCAAUAAAACAGGAAAGAAGGAACUAA